CACGUCAUAGAUAUUGAAUGGGUUGUGGAUUUUCACGACAACAUGUUGUUAAGACAAACGUAUCAUCUUUUGAUAGAGAACUCUUGGACUUGAAAAUACAGCGUGAUAGUUUGCAGCAGUAUGAACAACGUCUUAGUGACUCUUUGAAGAACUAUAUAAAGCUUGCUCGUCGUUUGGUUGCUGAAAAUCAGCGUCAGCAAGCUUUAGUUGUUUUGCAAGUAAAACACGCGUUGCAAAAAAGUAUAGAGAAAGCUCAAAAUAUGCGUUUCAACUUGGAACAAGUUUUGAGUGAAAUAGAGUUGAAACAAAUUGAAACGGACUAUGUGCUCAAGUUACGGACGGGAACAAAGUUAUUACAAAGUAUUCAAAAGACCUUAUCGAUUGAAGAAAUUGAACACCUUCUUGAGGAAACAAAAGAGGCUAUAGAGUUUCAAAACAAAGUCACUGAAGUCCUUGGUAGCUUCUCUCUUAUGGAGAUUGAUGAGAGCUGUGAAGAAGAACUAGAACAGCUAGAAACGGCUAUGUUUCCACCGGUUCCAAAACGCUUGGAGAAAACGAUGACUCCUCAAGUUACGGAAAAUAUGCAAGUGAAAAGCGAAACUGCCAAAGAAUAUAGCAAACAAGAAAGUAUUCUGUUACCUUCUUGAGCAUACACCCUUGAGUUAUACAUUUGUUGUA